AUGGAAACAGAAAGUAGUUUCAACACAACGGAUGCUGUGACUUAUAUACAUCCAUGCUAUAAGAUUGAUCAUUUGAGUUACAAGUUUACCACAACUCCUGCCACUAUCUGUGUAUUGUUGUAUGCUUUCCUUACAUUUUUGUCUGUUGUUACAGUAUGUGGAAACCUCCUUGUGAUAAUCUCCAUCAUUUACUUCAAACAGCUCCAAACUCCAACUAACUCCUUGAUUCUGUCUCUGGCUGUAGCUGACCUGCUUGUAGGGAUUAUAGUAUUUCCUUUUAGCAUGGCAUUCUCUCUUAGCUCAUGCAUGUAUCAUGAAGGUUUGUUCUGUAAGGUACGAAGUAGCUUUGAUAUAUUGCUCAGCACUUGCUCUAUAAUGCACCUAUGUUGUAUUUCUGUUGACAGAUAUUAUGCAGUGUGUCAGCCACUAACAUAUAAAUCUAAAAUCAGCCGUCAUGUUGUUGUCAUUAUGAUAGCUGUAAGCUGGGGUGUUUCUGCACUCAUAGGAAUUGGAGUGACCAUCUCUGGAUUAAAUAAUGAACAAUGUGAGGAAACAUGUUUUAUUGACAUUCUCAUGGCAAACACAAUUGGACCUGUUUUAUCUUUUUACUUUCCAGUUGUCAUAAUCUUGUGUAUUUACCUGAAGAUUUUCCUUGUUGCACAGAGACAGGCACGAAGUAUCCAAACUAGGAUGAAAUGUGGAGUAGCUGCCAAUAAGAUGGAGAGAAAGGCCACCAAAACUCUGGCUAUUGUUCUGGGAGUGUUUCUUUUUUGUUGGACUCCUUUUUUCCUUUGCAUUACUUUUCUGCCUUUUACCAACAAUGUGCCAGUUCCUCUGAUUGAAACACUUAAUUGGCUCACAUUGUCUAAUUCAAUGCUGAAUCCUUUUAUUUAUGCUUUCUUUUAUAGCUGGUUCAGGUCUGCCUUUAAACUCAUUGUCUCUGGGAAAAUAUUUCAAGGUGAUUUUGUUAAAUUAAAAUUGAAUGGACUCGUUGCUUGA